AUGACCAUCAUUAAAUUUUUCUGUUCUAACUGCCCUUGGUCCAUGACCUUCCAGUGUCACUUUGAAGGCUGUGAAAAGUCGUUUCCCAGAAGAUCAAAGCUCAACGACCAUCUUAACACCCAUACAAAGAACAGGCCUUAUAAAUGCGAUAUGUGUGAGAAGUCUUACAUGAAGAAUUCACAUCUCUCUGUGCAUAAGAAGACACACUUUCCUCCUGAAUUUGAAUGCCCAAGGUGUGGGCGUAUGUGCCAUACAAGGGACAAGCUAAGCAAACACCAAAAGACAUGUUUGGAAUACAAGUGUGAUACAUGUGGAAAGAAGUAUAAGAAGAAGUCCUGGUUUGAUGCACACGUAGAAAGCCAUCAUGUUAAAAUCUUUAAUGUAAGAAAGCUCAGGCAUGUAUGCGAGUAUUGUAAGUUUGAGUUUAGUAGGAAGGGAAAUCUUUUGACUCACAUAAGAUCUGUUCAUUUUUUGGUAAAGCCUUUCAAAUGCCUGUGUGGCAAGGAGUAUGCUCACAAUACAUCGUUGCACAGCCACAAAAAGAGAUGUGUCCUCUGA